GGGCAGGUUGGUGGCUCGGGUUUGUGUUUACAGCUCUGGACGGGUGGAUGCUGUUGGUUUCUGGUGUUUUAAAGAAACUGCAAUGUUGUUAAAACACGCUCAGGAUUAGUACAACCACAGCAACUGCAGGUGAUUUUGCUCAUCAUCUCCCACCUCCUCCUCCUGUCUUCCAUUCAUGAGCAGCGUGGCUGACUUUCACAACGACAGCCAUGGAUGACAAGGGCUCGGUGGGGAAGAUUAGUGUGUCGUCAGACUCAGUGUCCACUCUCAACAGUGAGGACUUUGUCCUCGUGUCCCGGCUUGGGGAUGAGACAACUUCCUCCACUAAUAAUGGUAGUGAUGACGAAAAGACAGGAUUGAAGGUGAUUUCUGAGGAAGGGGUCAGCUUUAAGAUUGUUGGAAAUGGGAGUGAGCAGCAGCUCCGAAGGGAGUUGGAGGAUGUCCUCAUGGAUCCAUCAGUAGCUGAAAUUGGGGUUGAGCAAGGUGGGGGAAUGGAGAAUCAAUUUGGUAACAACAAAGAUCUGCUGUCUUCUAUUGGAACAUCUGUACCACCGGGCACUGACCCUCUAAGUGCAACAUCUCCCAAGCUGGAGAUAGCACUUCCAGUUCAAACAGCCCAGGAGAGUGAGCUCAAUGAGAGGUCGUACCGAGCCGAUGAAUCGUCAUCAGAAGGAAGCCCUUGCAGUCCUAUACCAGAUGAGGACAGUGUUGUCUUCAGCCAGCUGACAUAUCUGGGUUGUGCCUCAGUCAAUGCUCCACGAAGUGAAGUGGAGGCCCUUCGCAUGAUGAGUAUUCUCAGAGGACAGUGCCAAGUCCCAUUGGAUGUCACACUGUCUGUGCCAGGCGUGUCAGAGGGCACUGUCAGGUUGCUGGACCCCCACAGCAGUACAGAAAUUGCCAACUACCCCAUCUAUAAGAUACUGUUCUGUGUGCGUGGUCAUGAUGGCACACCAGAGAGGGAUUGCUUUGCCUUCACGGAGAGCCACUACAAUGCGGAGAUCUUCCGGAUUCAUGUGUUCCGCUGCCAAAUACAAGAGGCAGUGAGCCGUAUUCUGUAUAGCUUCGCGACAGCAUUUCGGCGGUCUGCAAAGAGGGCACUGUUGUCAUCACAGCAAGCGGCUCCACUCACGCCCGACAGUGACUUGUUUACCUUCACUGUCAGCCUGGAAGUCAAGGAAGAUGAUGGCAAGGGUACUUUCAGUGCAGUUGCCAAAGACAAGGAUAAGCAGAGCUUCAAGCUGCGGGCCGGUAUGGACAAGAAGAUUGUCAUCUAUGUUCAGCAGACGUCUAAUAAAGAACUGGCCAUCGAAAGGUGCUUUGGCCUGCUUCUUAGCCCGGGGAAAAAUGUGAAGAACAGUGACAUGCACCUUCUUGACCUGGAGUCAAUGGGAAAGAGCUCAGACGGGAAGUCUUACAUCAUCACAGGAAGCUGGAACCCCAACACGCCUCAGUUCCAGGCUGUGAAUGAGGAAACACCUAAAGAUAAAUUUAUGUACAUGACAACAGCGGUGGACCUGGUGAUCACUGAGGUAGAGGAGCCGGUCCGGUUUCUGCUGGAAACGAGAGUCAGAGUCUGUGCUCCAAACGACAGGCUGUUUUGGCCAUUCAGCAAGCGCAGCCACACUGAGACCUUCUACCUUAAACUCAGACAGAUGGAACGUAAAGAACGCAAGAGUCCAUCCUCUGACACACUUUAUGAGGUGGUCAGUUUAGAAAGUGAGACUGAGCGAGAGAAGAGGAAGACAACAGCCUGUCCUGGUGUUCUUCCCAGCGGGCCCGGUGCCAUGGUUCCCUCGCCGCCUGAGGAUGACGAAGAGGAAGAUAAUGAUGAGCCUUUGUUAAGUGGCUCCGGGGACGUUUCCAAGGAGUGUGCAGAGAAGAUCCUUGAGACCUGGGGAGACCUGCUCUCCAAGUGGCACUUGAACUUGUCGGUGCGUCCCAGACAACUACCAGCUUUGGUGCGGAGUGGAAUUCCUGAGGCUCUCCGUGGGGAAGUGUGGCAGCUUCUGGCAGGUUGCCAUAAUAACGACCACCAGGUUGAGGAGUACCGAACUCUGAUAACUAAGGAGUCACCACAGGACAGCGCCAUCACCAGGGACAUCAACAGAACAUUUCCAGCUCACGACUAUUUCAAAGACACUGGGGGAGAUGGUCAAGACUCUCUUUAUAAGAUAUGCAAGGCCUACUCUGUAUAUGACGAGGAGAUCGGCUAUUGCCAGGGACAAUCUUUCUUGGCCGCUGUGCUGCUGUUGCACAUGCCAGAAGAACAGGCCUUCAGUGUUCUGGUCAAGAUCAUGUUUGAUUACGGCCUCAGGGACCUUUUCAAGCAGAAUUUUGAAGAUCUGCAUUGCAAGUUCUUCCAGCUUGAGCGACUCAUGCAGGAAUACAUUCCUGAUCUCUACAACCAUUUCCUGAAUGUGGGUCUGGAGGCUCACAUGUACGCCUCCCAGUGGUUCCUCACCCUCUUCACAGCCAAGUUCCCCCUUUAUAUGGUCUUCCACAUCAUUGACCUUUUACUGUGUGAGGGAAUUAGUGUCAUCUUCAAUGUAGCGCUGGCCCUUUUGAAGACAUCAAAAGAUGAUCUUAUCCAGACAGACUUUGAGGGAGCUCUCAAGUUUUUCCGUGUUCCUGUUCCGAAACGCUAUCGCUCAGAGGAAAAUGCAAAGAAAUUGAUGGAGCUGGCAUGUAGCAUGAAGAUCAGUCAGAAGAAGCUGAAGAAGUUUGAAAAGGAGUACCACACCAUCAGGGAGCAGCAGGAGCAGCAGGAGGCUCCCAUUGAGAGAUAUGAGAGGGAGAACCGCCGCUUACAAGAAGCAAACAUGCGCUUGGAGCAGGAGAAUGACGACCUGGCACACGAACUAGUCAGCAGCAAGAUUGCUCUGCGCAAAGACCUUGACAAUGCUGAGGAGAAAGCAGAUGCCCUAAAUAAAGAAUUGCUGCUGACCAAACAGAAACUUGUGGACUCCGAGGACGAGAAGAGGCGACUGGAGGAAGAGUCAGCACAGCUCAAGGAGAUGUGCCGACGAGAGCUUGAUAAAUCUGAGAUGGAGAUCAAGAAGAACGGCUCUAUCAUUGGAGAAUAUAAACAGAUCUGCUCUCAGCUGAGUGAACGACUGGAGAAACAGCAAACUUCCAACCGUGAAGAACUCGAGAAGAUCAGAUCCAAAGUGGACGGCUGCGAGAAGUGCAGCAGCCUCUUCAACAAAGAAGGUCGGGUGCGGGCGGCUGUGACCUCAGCUCCUGUCGAGCAGACUGAGGAGACGGAUGAGGAGAAGGAAGGUUUGAAGAACCAGCUGAGAGAGAUGGAGCUGGAGUUGGCGCAGACCAAACUCCAGCUGGUGGAGGCAGAGUGCAAAAUUCAGGACCUGGAGCAUCAUCUGGGUCUGGCUCUCAACGAGGUCCAGGCUGCUAAGAAGACCUGGUUCAACCGGACCCUCAGCUCAAUCAAGACAGUCACUGGCAACCAGGGCAAGGAGACCACUUAGUCUGCAGCCGAGCAACAGGCCGUGUCCGGUGCUCAGUCCAGCUGCUGAAACCUGUGGACCACAGACCUGACCCUUCAGGCCAUAAUUCCAACACUAACCGUUACUUACCAGGAUGACCAUCACUGCUGAAACACUCCUAAUCCUGAUGUUGUCAGUCCGUUCUUUAUAUUCUUUUACUGGUACAUCUGCCCGCACUGAGGAGGACAGGGGUAAAGCGCCAUGUUACCCAGCUGUACUUGUGCUUCCACCACAGAAAGAGGAAGAUAAACCCAUCACUAAUUUCUGUCUUUGUACUGCUGACACGGAAGACGCUGAAGGAGGGAAGGAUGGACAUCUCCUGACUCAAAAUACUGGCCCAAACUGGUCUGUGUGUUUUAGGUACGAAAGCUAAUAGACGCUUUUCCAAACCAUUUUUUUUUUCUAAUUUAUGUGUGAACAAUGUGUUUUUUUUUUUUAUGUACGUAAUUGAAUGUGUCACGAGGGAGCGUGUGAGUGUGCAUGUUUAAUGUUCGUGUGGUCCUACACAGUGUGUGUCAACGCACAAAUUACUGACUGAAGUUCCUGUGUGUGUGUGUGAGUAAGAACCUGGAGGGAAAGGACAAGCACUAAAGUGGUGAAUGUUUGCAUGCAUGGAGAAGCGAAGGCAACCGGUUCUAAAUAUAUGUUCGAUCGUGUGUAUGAAUGCCUUUAGUCUCAACUGAAAGUUGAGUAUGUCCAUUCGAAACUCAGAAACAAGUCUGAUUUUUGUCCGUUUUGUUGGGUUUGGGUCUUAAGCACAAACAUUAAAAAAAUGGCUCCAAACCCUACAAAGCAAAGUUUAAAUUCUGAUCCAUUUCAAACUGAGGGGUGCCAUGUCUGUUGCGACCACGCAUGAGCCACUCUGCUGUCUUGGUCACGUCACAGGCAGAAAUGCCUCUUCGACUUCAAGAUUGUUUUACAGCCCGUAAAAUAUCAAAUACGCACACCACUACACAUUUCCGUGGUUUCAAACUAGUGUCAUCAUUUCAAUGUUCUGAAUUUAGUUAUUAAUCUACAACAAAUACAAAUAUGGGGUGUUGAACAAAAGUUAAUGCUCAUGUACUGUUGCCAUAGUGACGUUCGGAAGCUGGUGGAGGCUUCAGGCACUGGCUGAACCGACACUCCCUCCCACCCUCACUGGUAGUAGCUGCUGCUCUUUGACUUAUAACCUCCACUGGACGGGUCGUGUUGUAGUGCGGGGAGGCAGGGCGGUUCGUGUUUCAUUUGCACGUGUUGCCACACACUUGCAUCCAUGCACAACACAGUGAUCAAGAAUGGGCAUAUGAACGAUUCAGUACUGAAUUAUUACACACAGUUUUCUUGUAUCAUACUUCUGCACACAGCUCUGGUGGGUGAUGAUUGAGUUCCGGUUCCCUAAUAAUGUUUGAAGCAUCGUUGAAGUGGUGCGAUGCUUGCUGCUUACUCACAAAAGCAGUGGAAUUCUCUUGUCAGUGGGACGAGUGUCAGAUUUACCGAGACCAGAUGGUUCAUCAUUUUAACUGCCGUGAAUUGGCACCCUCUUUCACAGUCAAGCCGACCGUCAUUUCCAAGGUGCUUUCAAGAACAUGACAGGAAAAUGUUGCAUGCAGAUGCCGUGACAGAACGCACCACCUCCUGGAUGUGACGGCGUGGAACCGGAUAACUACUGCACAAAUAGCUCACAAAAUUGAGCAAGAUAAACACGCUCUGAGUGGAUACGGAUGGAACCGCUUCGGAGCGCUUUCCCAUGCUGGAGGUGGAUCAAGAUUGAGGUGAAAAUCAUUCCACAAAGCAUGGAAAUAUCACACAACUGUUUGGAAAGAAACAGUUCAAUGAUGCAGUUGUGAUGGUCCUGUCAUGACCAUCCAUAAUGUAGGACGUGGACGAUACUGUGGCUCUCAAUACUUACUACAUGCCCUUGUUUCUCCAUUUCACACACACACAAUAUGUAUGAAUGUACGGGUUGAAAUGUCCCCCACACAAACUGUUGGCAACCAGGAGUGUAACGCUGCACUUUAAGUGUGUAUCAAUGUCGCAAGACUUGCAAUGUCAGUCACAGGAGGUCAGAAGUCAGGGCAGAUGUCUAAAACGUUCCUCAACGAGAGGAGCAAGACCGGAGGGACAGAAAGUGUUGGCAUGUGUGUUUCUACGGCAUCCAAGACAUGAUGUCAGCCAUUGUUAUUGUGUUUGUUUGUUGUUUUCAGUCCUCCACUCUUGUGAAAUUGGACUGCGGGAUGAAACCGAAGCAGCCAAAAAUAGAUACUGUAAAUAUAAACUUGAGAGUGAUUGGAAAGAGAUGCGCAAAGAAGUAUAUUCAGCUGACGUACAUAAAGGGCCGUUUCUUGAAUAGGCACUGGGUUGUAAAAUAGAUAUGAAACACAUUAAUGAAUAAACAUUGAGGUUUUUCUUUAUGAUUUUGUACUUUGUAACUUUGACUAAUGUUGCCUACCUACCUGCUGCUGUGCUACAGUUUAAUCCAACAUGAGGUUUUUAUGUUUUUUAAUGUUGAUUUUUGGCUCCAAGCUUCGAUGUCUGACUGCUGUUUCGUUCAUUUCAUGCCAAAACGUAGCUUUAUCAACAACAAAAUCAUUAUCAUUGUGUGGAAAUUGUAAUAGAGUAGAUUGCAUUGUGUACACUUCAUGGAUUAUAAAGA